AUGAGCAGUAUUAAGCUAGCUGUGGAGGUUUUGGAUGCUCAUGAGCUUAUGGCCAAAGAUGGGGAGGACUCAUCUGAUCCUUUUGUGGAACUUCGCUUUGAUCGUCAGAAAUUUCGGACAACAACUAAAGAUAAAGAUCUGAAUCCUGUUUGGAAUGAGAAAUUUUACUUCAACAUUACUGAUCCAAGCUUAUUACAUGAUCUCACUCUUAGUGCUUUUGUCUACCACUAUAAGAAAAGCAACAGUUCCAGAGUCUUCCUUGGUAAGGUCUGUCUCACCAGAACCUCAUUUGUCCCAUAUCCUGAUGCUGUUGCUUUGCACUACCCUCUAGAAAGGAGAUUCUUUUUUUCGCCUUUCCGGGUUAGUGGUGAGCUUGGUUUGAAGGUAUUUGUUACUGAUGACCCUUCUCUAAGAUCUCCAAACAACCUGUUCCGCGAACCCUCUAUUGAUUCAGAUCAAUUCUCAACCCAUGAUGCAACAUUGACAAGCUCAAUCCUGAACAUGUUUUCUCGUAAGAGAAAUCAGUUUAGGCAAAAAUAUCAUAAUGUUCCUAAUUCAGAUCAAGAAGAAGGAGAAGAACAACCAUCAUCUCCUCCAACAGGUGAAAAUCCUACUAUAAACUCUGGGAUGCAUGAGGUGAAAUCUGGUCUGGCUCCUCCAAAAGUUGUAGGAGGAGGAUACGCAGGUUCAUUGCCUUUAAAGGAUCGUGCACUCAAAGAGAUAAGCUCUUUUCUUGGAGUGACACGAUUUAUUCAUGGGAAUAAGCUAGCCAGCACCUAUGACCUUGUUGAACCAAUGCACUACCUUUUUGUACGAGUUGUAAAAGCUCGUGAUCUUCCAUCAAAUAUUUUGAUUGGAGGCAUUGAUCCUUAUGUGCAAGUAAAGGUUGGAAACUUCGAAGGAGCUACCUUUCACUGGGAGAAAACUCUGGACCCUGAAUGGCAUCAGGUUUUUGCCUUUGCAAGGGAUGAUCUGCAGUCAACUAAGCUUCAAGUUCGGCUCAGAGACAAGCGUACGAUGAUAAAAGAUGACAUUGUUGGAACUGUAAAGUUUGAUCUCCAUGAAGUUCCCACACGGAUUCCACCUAAUAGUCCAUUGGCUCCUGAAUGGUAUCGGAUUGACAAGUGUUGGGACAAGAAAAAAGGGGAGUUGAUGCUUGCUGUAUGGUUUGGUACACAAGCUGAUGAAGCUUUUCCGGAUGCUUGGCAUUCUGAUGCACCCUCUCUUGGUAUAAGCUCUUCAUCUGCCUAUGCUCAGAUUCGAUCAAAAGUUUACCAUUCGCCUAGAUUAUGGUAUUUACAGGUUAGAGUGAUUGAGGCACAGGACUUGUAUUUAUCAGAGGAUUGUGAAAUUCAAAUCUCAGAUGCAUAUGUGAAGUUACAGCUUGGUAACCAGAUUUUGAAGACAAGACCAGUUCAGUCAAGGAACAUGAACCUGCGUUGGGAUCAGGAGCUUAUGUUUAUUGCUGCUGAACCCUUGGAAGAACCUUUAAUCGUUUCAGUUGAAAAUCGCGUUGAUCCCGACCAUAUUGAGACUAUUGGGAUUGCUGUUAUUCCUUUGACCAAUGUUUACAAGCGUGCUGAUGAUAAGGUUAUCCGUACUAGGUGGUAUGCCCUUGAAGAUGAAAGGAAGGAUGAUGAUGACCCGGUUAGUACAAUUCACCUCAGUGUCUGUCUAGAAGGUGGUUACCAUGUUUUUGAUGAGUCAAAUCAUAAUUAUAGUAGUGAUCUUAGACCCACAUCAAGGCAACUAUGGAAGGAGCCAAUUGGUAUCUUAGAACUUGGCAUUCUAAGUAUUAAUGGACUUCAUCCAAUGAAAACCAGAGGGGGGAAAGGGACAUCAGAUACAUACUGUGUGGCAAAAUAUGGCCAAAAAUGGAUUCGCACUCGAACCAUUGCUGACAGUGUAAAACCAAAAUACAAUGAGCAAUACUCUUGGGAAGUUUAUGAUCCAGCAACAGUUCUCACUGUGGGGGUGUUUGAUAAUGUGCAGCUUGGUGGUUCAGAUGGUAAUGAUGAUUUAAAACUUGGUAAAGUUCGGAUCCGGAUUUCAACACUGGAAACUGGCCGUGUUUACAAGAAUUCUUAUCCGUUACUGAUGCUCCACCCUUCAGGCGUCAAGAAGAUGGCUGAACUUCACUUGGCCAUUAGAUUCUCAUGUUCCUCAAUGGUUGACAUGAUGCGCAUGUAUUUUAAGCCUCCAUUGCCUAAAAUGCACUAUAAAUUGCCACUUAAUAUAAGGAAACAGGAAAGGCUGCGACAAGAGGCUGUUAAUGUUGUUGCUGCUCGUUUUGGUAAUGCAGAACCCCCUCUUAGAAAGGAAGUAGUUGAGUUCAUGUCUGACACAGACUCUCAUCUUUGGAGCAUGAGACGUAGCAAAGCAAACUUCUACCGUUUGAUGACAUUGAUUUCAGGACUACUCUCAUUAGGAGGAUGGUUGGAGGAAGUUUGCAUAUGGAAGCAUCCUCUUACAACAUUGGUGGUGCACAUUCUUUUUGUCAUGCUUGUGUGUUUCCCUGGAGUUAUUAUGCCAGCCAUGCUUCUAUACAUGUUUGCAAUAGGGAUGUGGAAUUUGAGGUUUCGCCUGAGACACCCUCCUCAUAUGAGCACUAGAAUCUCUUAUCCAGAUGGACUUUCACCAGAUGAACUUGAUGAAGAAUUUGACACUUUUCCUACCACAAAGAGCCAUGAUACAGUAUGUUUAAGGUAUGAUCGGUUAAGAACUGUUGCUAUGAGGAUUCAGGGUCUUGUUGGAGAUUUAGCUACUCAAGGUGAGAGGUUCCAAGCACUUGUGAACUGGCGCGAUCCUCACGCCACUGCCUUGUUCAUGGCAUUCUGCAUUGUGGCUGCUAUUGUGUUGUAUGUGACACCCUUCCAGUUUCCUAUUGUUCUAGCUGGAUUUUACAUAAUGAGGCACCCAACUUUUCGGAGUAAGAUACCAUCAGCACCACUUAAUUUCUUCCUUAGGUUGCCUUCUCUUACAGAUAGCAUGCUGUAA